GGCUUUGCUCUAGCCUGCAAAUAUUUCAUUCCUUGUUGCAGGCACAGGUACCACGACAUGAGGGCUGUAUUCCUGGUGCUGCUCCUCUGGGAUGUGGCCUAUGCUUACCCUGAUACUGCAAAUGAAGAUUACAUUGGCAAGCUGGGCAACCACCUAGAUGGUGGAGAUGGCAGACAUCCUCCUGCCAGUCCAGAGGCAGGGGAAAAUGCACUUGCCAGGGACCUGACGGGUGGGAAUGCCGUGGAUGAGCUCAGUGGCCAAGAUGUGGGAGGCCGAGCUGGGCAGGCUCAGCAUGUGAAUCAGGACCACAAAGACGUGAGCGUCCGCAAUGGGAAUGACCUUGGUUUCCUGGAGGUGGAUGCGCGUGACGCUGACGAUGCUGACAAUGGAGACCACUACGGCACCAGCGCCAGCAGGUUUCCCUCCCACGGCGGCGGGUUCCUGGACGAGGAGGAUGACAGCGGGGACGACACCUUCGAUGCCAAUGGGGAAGAGGAGAGGGGUGAAGGCCCCACCUACGUGGCUGGUGCUGAUGGGGCAGGGGAACACGAGCAUGAUGCUGGCCGUGGGGCCGGCAUGGGGCAUGGCGACAGCAGCAGCAGCAGCAGCGAGAGCGUCGGGGCAGACCACCAGCGCUACAGGAGCUACGGCUUUGGCCGUGCUUACAGGCACAGAGGGGCCAGCAGCAGCAGCCAGGAGGAGGAGAGCUACGACUUCCACGAUGAAGCUAUGCAGGGGGAUGAUCCCUCUGUCUUCGAUGGCCCAGGCAGCAGCUACAGGAUGCGCCACGCUGGCCCCCGUGCUCUGGGGAACAGCGGGGACAGUGCCCAGGGGGCUGGCUCCCACCACUGGGAGGAGGGUGACAGCAGGUCCCCUGAGGUGGAGGAUGGUGACUCUGGAGAAGACAGCCCAUCUGUGGAGAACAGUCAGUCAGAAGAGCCUGUUGACAGCCAGUCAGAGGAAAAAAGCUCCAGCCACUCCAGGGAGGAUGGGGAUGGGGAUGGGGAGGAUAGCCCCUCCAGGGAGGAUGAGGACAGUGAGUCCAGGGAGAGCACUGCUGAGCAGUCAGAUGAAGAGCUAGGGGAGACCCCGGAGGUGGUGAGAACCUUGAAUGAACACAGCAACAGUCGAACAUGGGAACAACAGGAGGACUGGGAUUCUGCUGAGGACAGGAGUGUGCCAUCCACACCUGACAGUGAAUCCAGGGAAGAAGAGGGUGAACUGAACAAGUCCAGUGAAGAUGAUGAUGACACUGUGGAGGAGUCAGAGGAGAAUGAGAAUGACUCUGUGCCAAGCACAUCAGCUGAGAGCCCAGAGUCCCCAGAGGAUGACAGCAGCCCAGAGGACAACACAGGUGAGGACAGCAGGUCCACAGAGAGCGACAACAGCGAGUCCCAGGAAGAUGAGGAUGACAUGGAGAGCCACUCCCAGGAGGAUACCACCCGUGAGUCCAGCAGCCACGGGGAUGACAGCUCCGUGCAGAGCCUGGAGAGUGGGGGCCGCAAGCAGCGGCUGGGCGCCCUCCGCCACAGACCUGCUGCUGACUAUGAUGACAAUGACUGCCAGGAUGGGUACUGA